AUGUCUUCCGUCAAAUCAUUCCGUGAACUCAUCGGCAUCCGCCCUUCUUCCGCCUCCACUGCUGAUUCAACUCUGAUCAUCAUCGACGCUCAAAACGAGUACGCUACAGGCCUUCUCGCCGUUGAGAAGGUCGCCGAAUCUCGCAAGGUCAUUGCCAAGCUGCUUGAAAAAUACCGACAGAGCAACGGCAACAUCGUUCACGUCGUGCACGGAGUACCUGCCGGUGCACCCGUCUUCACUCCUAGCAGUGCUCUUGCGCAGAUAUUCGAGGAGCUCACGCCCAAGCCAAACGAGAAGGUGGUCACAAAGAACUUCCCUAGCUCCUUUGCUAAGACCGAUCUUCAUGAUUACUUGCAAGGACUAGGAGAAGUGGGCAAGAAGAUUGUGCUAGUUGGCUACAUGGCUCACGUUUGCAUUUCUACCACGGCCCGUGCUGGUAAUGAACUUGGGUAUGAUGUGGUCGUUGUGCGUGAUGCUAUAGGCGAUCGCAACAUUCCUGGUGCGGACGCAGAGUCUGUAGUCAGUGUGGUUCUUAGCGAAUUGGGCGAUGGCUUUGCCACAAUUGUCUCUGAAAGUGAGAUCAACUAG